UCGGAAAUCCUCUGGCGCCAGUGGAACUGGUGUAGCACUGCCCGGUAGGCCGUUGUUACCUUUUCCCUAGCACUUGCUGGCGAUUGCUGUGGUUGGACAAAAAUAAUUCGCAACACACCUAAACGGUUUUUGAACACUCUUAUUAAAGAUACUUCCUCUUUGAUUCAAGAGGUUCAUUUUUGUGGUUUUUUCCGGUUUUUUUGAAUUUUAUUUUUUAUUUUUUUUUAUUUUUUUUUCUUUAAUUUUUUUUGUCGAUUCUCAUUAUCCCUACCAUAAAAACGAAAACAUGUCUGCCAUUGGAUCGUUGAUUUUCUGCUCUGCCUGCGGAAACCUUUUGGAGAGUACUACUGCUCAGUGGACCAUUUGUGAUCAGUGUCAGUCUUCUUAUCCUUCUGAAAAAUUUGCACACUUGACUUUGGAAACCCGGAGCGGUGCAAAUGCUUUCCCUUCUGCUCUUCGUUUAAAACACAGUAUUGUCCAGACGGAAGGUAAAAAGCCAGAGGAGGCUGCCGUUAUCCAAGAAAAGUGCCCCAAAUGUGGUAACGACGAAAUGACCUUCCACACACUUCAACUGCGUAGUGCAGAUGAAGGUUCUACCGUGUUUUACGAAUGCCCUCGUUGUGCAUACAAGUUCAGCACUAACAACUAGGGUCUUGUAAAGGCGCUAUCAUUAAAAGGGUGGGUAAAAAAGUGAUAUUAGGUGUGUACGACUCGUACAAAAAUAUAAAGAAAAACGAAUUUUCAGUUGAGGUAUUGUGCAGAGUAUGGUGAUUACGACGAGUCUACGGAAAGUGAGUCUUGUGGGGGGGGGGGUGAGUCGAUGAGCUCUUUUAGAAUUUAAAAUACAG